AUGAGUUCCUCUCAGAAGAAGAAAUCUUCCCGCGAGGAUUCUACGAGCUUUGAGACUCUUCGCUUCUCAAAUACCAAUGCAUCUCUUUCUCAAAACUCCCACCAUGUGAGCCAAGACUCAAAUUCCUGGAUGGAUGAUCACCCUUCACCUGCCUGUACUUCCGAGACUCGAGUCGAAAAGUUAAAGAACACACAUUCCAAAGCCGCAGUCAUGAAGCCUUCGUUUGAGUCACUUAAACGCUGUGUUCGAGACCCCAGCUUCGACAUUAAAGACGCGGGAACUGGCCACCACGAUAACCGAUUAACCAAGGAUCCCCCAGGCCAGUUCCGGGAGCCAUCCCUGAGACGCGGAUACGGUAUGAGCUAUGAAACACCAAAAGCUUUCAAAUAUGUGCCGGCAAAAGUGGCAAGCAAAGCUGAAAACCAUGUACCUCAAACCAUGGAAUCUCUUGCAGAAACAGAAGGACAGUCUUCAAGUUCAGCUCCGCGAGGUCCCCUUCCAAACAGCCAGCUCUCCCUGCUGAACAAAAGCAAUGGCGGCAGUAACAUCUAUGAUCUGAGUCAGUCCCAAGGUAGACGAGGUGACCUGCAACCGGCUGGUUAUCGCCCUAUAGCUAUGCGCCCCCCUGGUGCUUCUGAGCGAAUGGCCACCAAUGAAAGGCAAGGACAAUCAUCUAAUGAAAAACAGACAUCAAAGACCGUGAUAGAUUUAGGUCGCUAUCAGAAGGCUGGACAGGAGGCACUUUUGAGGGCUUGCCUGGAGCACAAAGACUUAGACAAGGAAAUGCUUCGAGACGAGUGGAAAGUCGUCAAAGGGUGCGUCGAAAAAUGGUGCGAACCACGCAAAUCCCAACUUGUUAAGGAUGGAACUGGGGCAUCGGAUUCCGAGAUCGAUACACUCAUUGAUCAAUGGAAUAACGUAUAUGCUACAAAAUUUUGUUCUGAGAACAAAAAGCUCUUGGAGGCAGCUGGAUGGAGAAAAGGCGCUGAGGAGUGUUCAACCAAUUCUUCCGCUGCUACACCUCACAACUCUCGGGUCAGCCAGGGGAGCGCUCCCCAGAACGAGCCAUUAGUAAAAGAACUGGACUUUGAAGGUGUUAUUUGGCCCACUAUCAAGGAUGAAUUGAUGAAAUUCGCGGAGUCAAAAAUCCUCAGCUGGGUCGAGGAUAAGUUACAGGAACGGGUGCAGGCAUUGGAUUCCCUGACUCGGCCACCCCUUUUGAAGGCCAACAGCUCUCCGGAGUCGUACCAGAUUUAUGUGAGAUACCUCAAGAAUCGAAUAAAAGCUGCAGGAAAGAACUCCACAGCGAUCAGAGACACUGAGGCGGUUAUGUCCAUGGCACUGGACCUUCUACCAGGUCUAGAGGAGCGACUGCGGGAUCAGCUCGAGCAUGUGGUCGACAAGAAAGAAGAUCGUCCUGGGGCUGGUAUCAAAUAUGAUCAUGAUGAGGCAAACGAUGAGUCUGAGAAUUCUCAUAAGAAUUCUGAAGAGGCUGAUCAUGACAUUGAUCACAAAGUUCAAGAAGCCCAGGAAGACAACCAUGAUGGGGACGAACUCGAGGCGAGACUUGAACACAACUCUGAAGAGGAUGAAGAUGGAGAUGAAGACGUCGACGACUUCGAUGACUUUGAGGAGUUCUAUGCAGACGAGAGUGAGGACGACACCUACGAAGAUCCUGACGAACCUGGUCGCCAGUACAGAGGUUCAGUCAUCGAUUCCAUUGAGCCUCGCACCCCGAUCGUCACACCGCGGGUAAUGAGACAACUCCGUAGCUACGAGCAGAGAUACUGGGACACGAUCGUAGUGGCCAAAGUUGAAACAGAAGUAGCGGCCGCUGUCCUUCGUUCUGUGGACAAAGAAGAACAUGAAGUGGCCUCCCGAAAACGAAAAGCACCAGAUUCAGCAGAGCCUGCUCUUGCUAUCCGAAGCAAGUCGAUGGAGCAGAGGCUCGCUGCUGUAGGCACUCCGACACCUACGGGCAGAAAGAGACAAAAGUUCAGUGAAGCCAGCUACAGUCCGGCAUCCACAACUUGUUCCUCCGAGCUUCCGUCUCUCGAGGAAAUUUUCAGCUCAAGCAUCGGGCGCGCAUCUUCCGCGACGACCCAACCACCUACAAACUCCUCAAGCCCUGCAGUACGGGUGAAUAAGAAGAAGAGAGGAGGAAAAGACAGAAGCAGGGCCCAGAGCAGGGUUUCUCUUGAACUCAGGGAUCCCACUACCGGUACUGCUACUGCUACUGCUCCCUCGCCUGGAGGUAUGAUCGGAGCGUCACCUGAACUCGGGACACGAGGGGCUAGCAAAGAUUUUGUCUUUGAGAAAAGUGUCUCUAGACAUCCUAUCCUAGAAGAAAGGUUUCGGGAGGAGACUGCUGAGUUCCAGGCCAUGACGCCUAGUGCUCGCGAAGCUAUGCUCUACACAGCUCUUCGGGAAAUGCGCCGACGACAAGGAUAG